AACUAAUUAUCAGCCUGCCCAUCGAAGCAAUUGAUACCUUGUUCCUAAAAUUUAUAUGCGCGGCUUUUUCUUCAGGACAAGUAUUCCGAACUUCAGAGAAUUUCUGUAACGUAGUUGAACUGUUGUUUCGUGAGAAGUAGAGCACUCUAUGUACAAUAGUAUUUAGUUUUUUCUUUCCCUUCAAGACGCAUUUAAAACAGAGAAUGAAUUGAACAUCAAGAAAUGAAUUGUUAUUGUGCAACAAUGUAUAAACUCCUCCAAUUUUUUGCGACCUGCAAAACCCACAAAUUUUAUCCUAUCUCGUUAACGUGUAAGAGAGAAAUUCGGACCUCAAAUCCCUGUAAAACCCUACAAUUUUUCCACACCGGGAUAAAACCUGUGGGCAGAGGCAUUUCCUACAUCUUCCAUGCCUUAAAAGUUCAAAGCUCUGAUAACAACUGUAGCGAUGAGAAUAUUACAGCCCCACUAAGAUUUGGUAGAGCAUGGAUUAACACAACAAGCGCAGGCUUUUUGCCCGAGGGCGAACAAGAUAAAGUUAACGGCGGGGAGCCCGUUGUGUUUGCGAGGCAUAAAAAGGCCAGGAAGAUAAAGUCUAUUUGGGUGUGUGAAAACUGUGGGGAAGAGUAUGGGCAGUGGUGGGGUAUGUGCCCUCAUUGUAGGAAGGCUGAUGUGCUGAGAAAGUUCAAUGAAGCUCAGGUUGAUGGUAUGAGUUAUGGAGGAGGAGCAGGGAGUAGAGUGGCUGAGGCAAAAGUUGCGAGUUAUAGGGUUGUUCAAGCUGACAAAGGAUGGCUGUCUUCCGCUUCAUCUUCUUCUGUAUCUGAUUCGCAGCCAGAGUCUUUGUCCAAUGUCAAUAAAGGGCUCAGAGGAAAACAAUUUCGGCUUCCUCUGGAAGGAAAUUUUGGCAUGGAAGUGGCACGGGUGUUGGGUGGUGGCUUAGUACUUGGAUCUUUGGUUCUCGUUGGUGGUGAUCCUGGUGUUGGAAAAAGCACACUUCUAUUGCAGAUUGGUGCUUUGCUUGCUGAAGGUUGUGAGGUUUAUACUCCAGCUCCAGUGCUAUAUGUAUCAGGUGAAGAGAGUGUGGAGCAAAUAGGGAGCAGAGGUGCUCGGAUGAACAUAGAAAGCAAUCAGCUUCACCUGUAUUCAAGUACUGAUAUUGAGGAUAUUUUGGAUAAGGUUCAGAAGCUCCGCCCAAGGGCUGUGAUUGUGGAUUCGAUCCAGACUGUGUACCUUAGAGAAAUAACAGGGAGUGCGGGUAGUGUUUCUCAGGUAAAAGAAUGCGCAACAGCCCUGUUACGGUUUGCCAAGAGCACACAUAUCCCAAUAUUUUUGGUUGGUCAUGUGACAAAGACAGGAGAUAUAGCUGGGCCACGUAUUUUAGAGCAUAUUGUGGAUGUAGUUUUAUACAUGGAGGGAGAUGGCUUAUCAUCAAAUCGUCUUUUGAGAGCUGUCAAAAAUCGUUUUGGGUCAAUUGAUGAGAUUGGAGUAUUGGAAAUGGCAAAGAAUGGUUUGCAAUCUGUCAUGAAUCCAAGUGAGCUUUACCUUACAGAAUGGGACACCGAUCAACAUGUUUUAGCUGGAUUAGCUAUUUCUGUAAUUAUUGAUGGCUCACGGCCAUUUCUCAUUGAAACUCAGGCAUUAUGUGCCACUGGUGUGUCACUUACAAGGCGCUAUAAUGGCCUCCAUGAAAAUCGAGCUGACAUGAUUAUUGCGGUGCUUAUAAAGCAAGUUGGCCUUAAGCUUCAAAAUCAAGCUGUAUUUUUGAAUGUUGUGGGAGGUGUUCGAUUAACUGAACCUGCAGGUGACCUAGCAAUUGCAGCUGGAAUUUGCAGCAGUUUCUUGGAGAUUGCUAUUCCUACUGGAAUUGCAUUCAUAGGGGAGAUUGGUCUUGGUGGAGAACUUAGAUCAGUUGCAAGGAUGAAUAUACGGGUAAAUGAACUUGCAAAGUUAGGAUUCAAAAAAUGUAUCAUACCUAAAUCAUCUGCAAAGUCUAUUACAGGUUUUGAAUGGGAGGAAAUGUCAAUAAUCAGCUGUAGCAAUGUGAAGGAAAUGAUUGGGAUAGUAUUUCCACAAGUUGGUUCUCCAGAUUUUCAUAAUCCAGCAUUUGAAGAUCUUGAAGCACCAGAUGUUUAACACUCCAUGAGACUAGUUUCAUUUUGUGGUGCCCUAUAAUUGUUUUGACUAGAAAAGAGUGCAAUCUAUAUCCAUAUUUUGAAUUUCGAAUCCGAGUUUAGCAAUCCAGCUGUUUAACAGUGUUAAUGUGUUUAUCUGACCUAGGUUAUACUAGCACCUGACACAGCAUGCAGACUUGACUGAAGAGUCUGCUGAAAGGAUUACAUGCUGUAAAUCAUUAUUAAUGCUUCUCAGCAAAAGCUUUAGCCAUGUCUUCUGAUUUUUGAAAUACCCAUCAGGAUGCUGUUGAGAAAGACGAAGUUGUGCUGCCUAACAAGCCUCAGUCAUAUUCUCCCUAUCAGUGACAAUAAUGACUACAGAAGCGGGCUUUCUUAGGCAGUAAUCAAUGCUUAAGGGACAUUCCGAGCACGACAUAAUGAUUAUUAAUUUAUUUACAAUGUUACAGUCUUGUUCCAGUCUUAUUAUGUUAUUAUGUAUAGGGCUUUUAUGAAGUAUGUAUGUUUGUGGCAGCUGUGAUGGCAACAGUUGUAUUAUAGGCAGUCAUGUCUGCCUCGAGUUUUGUCAUGUUGCUAAAUUCAGCUGUGAAAGUAUAUAAUGUAUGGCAAGUAAGCUGACAAGAGCCUUAGUCAAUGGAUUUAUGGUGAUUGCCUAACCAAUUUGUGGGUUUCGACGACAACUUUUCGGAAAUCUGUAACACGUAUGAUGCAUGUUAAAUUAUCUAUUCAAUUCAAUGGGUGGGCCCCCAAUAGAAAACCCUUGUUUUCCUUGUUAAGAUAAAUAUUGAAAGAAGGUAAGAAU